AUGGCAAAAGAUUCCCAUACAUUGCAAAAAGGUGCUGUCGUCCAGCACAUCGCCAAAGCCCAUAACCUGAAAGGUCAACUGCCUGAAGGGAGCAUGGAAUCUUUGGCAACAACCAUUCGUUUCGUCACGCUGAACUGCCGAACACUAUCGAGUGAACUCCAACAAGCCGCUCUAUUCAGACUUCUGCGAUAUCUCUAUGUGCCUUUUGCUGCACUGCAGGAAACACGCAUGAGAGAUCGGCCCGUCAUCAGCAUCGAAGAUUACACCAUAUACUGCGAUGCUGAUGAGAACACAGUAGGUGGCUGCGCGAUAGCUGUGAGGAACGAUUACAGCAACCUGGUGGAGGAAUUUGGCUCAAUGUCGUCUAGAUGCGCCUUGAUAUGA